CUCAAUCGUUGUGUAAAACUGUGUGACUUUGGUUUGGCCACCGAACACAACACCUGCCUUAAUAUUGGCAGUCAAUACGACCACACGUCAUGUGUGGGUACUAUGAGAUACAUGUCACCCGAGAUCUACCAGGGUAGAAAUUAUAAUUACAAAACAGACAUUUAUAGUCUCUCUUUAAUCGGCGAACAACUGUUUGGUAUUGAUCUUCAGACUUCUCAAACAUUUGAAGCCAACGAAUCGGUAUUUAAGACAUCCAUGCAAUGUAUGUAUCGGACACUUCUGGCAAUGAUGUCAACACCCAAUUGGAGACAAAGACCUGAGUGUCGGGAAGUAUUGGCCAAAAGCUGCGAUUCUGGUUUUGGCAAUCGUUUGGCGUUUCGGUUAAACUCAAUGGGAUUUCGAGUCUAUGCGUGUGUUUUAGACACAGAGAGUACCGGAGCUCAGGAUCUGAGCAAUAAAUGCAAGUUUUUGGACGAGAUAUGUAUUGUGCGAAUGGAUGUCACUAUAGAUGAGGACAUCGAUCGGUGCCACGAGUUUGUUGUCGCGGAUCUGCAGACCAGUGGCCGUGUGUUGUGGUCAGUGGUUAACAACGCCGGUCGCAUGACAUACGGGCACUUAGAAUGGGGUAAAUUUUCACAAUACACUAAAGUGUUUGAUGUGAACGUGUUUGGUGUGGUUCGGGUGACCAGAAAAUUCAUACCACUUAUACGACAAUCAAAGGUAACAAAUAUAAUUGACAUAGGUCGCUUAGUGUUCACCACCUCCCAGUCGGGUCGAGUGGCGUACGACAAUCUCGGCCCGUAUUGUAUGUCCAAAGCGGCGGUCAUAGCGUUCACCGAUGUUUUGCGGCGAGAGAUGCGACCCUUUGGGGUCCGGGUGUCAAACAUAGAGCCCCUGCUAUUCAAGACAGCGAUGUAUGCGUUGGCAAAGCCGGAGCUAAACAAAAAUUGGUCCGAAACGGAGGGUCAGGUGCGCGAGGCCUACGGCCAGGACUACUACGAGCGCCAGAUUCAUAUCCUUGACUUUGGACUUACUGUAGUUAAGGGCAGCACUAAUCUGGAUAUUGUUUGCAACGAUUUGGUAGAUGCAGUGGCCAGUCGUCGGCCCAAUAAGUACUACACGCCAGUAAAUGCGUGGUGGCUUCACGGCUAUCACCGUUUAGCCCGUCUAACACCCCAAUGGUUAAUCGACCAUGUUUUUUAUGCAGUCAAUUCAACGAAACCUACUUUUAUGCACAAUAAUAGUAAUCUGUAA